AUGAAUACAGGAGAGAUCAAGCCAUUAGAUGAGAAUAUAAGUCUCAGAAGAACAGGAGUUCCUCCUUUAAAUAACACCCAAACGCAACCACCAAAACAACAGUCAUGUGGAAAUAAAAAAUAUAAAAUAAAUGGAUCUUUUGCCAAUACUGCAGAUCAAAACAGUAGUAGUGGUAAAGUCUUUUCAGAAAUGGAUGUAAACAUCCCACAGGGUAAAGGUCUGGCUUCAUCUCAUUUAAAUAACGUUAAUGAAUCCCAACAACAACAACAACAACGAGAAGAAGAAGAAGUAAAGAAGAAAGGAGAACGUGCUGAGGAAACACAUCAGAAAGUAUUUGACUCAUUAUGUGCGAUUACUGUAGUCUCCUUGAGUGGAUCAGACGAGGAUGAGGCAAGUGAAGAGGAAAACAUAGAAGAAAAGAAAUAUAUAAAUAUAAACAACAGUAUGGACCAAACAACACCAACAAUGAGAGGAAAAGUAGGUAUUAAAGGAACAGAAGAAUCUACACAGUCUACAAAAGGGAAAAGUCUUCCCUCAAAGGUGUUAUCACCCGUAUCUCUUUCACCAAAACAGACUCCACGUACAAAGUGUCUACCUGUAGCCCUAAAUCCUGAUCAUUUCCUUUCCCAACAACAACAACAGGAAGAAGAAGAUAAAGAAGAAGAAAAGGAAAAAGGGAAAAAGAAAAACGAAAAAGGAGUGGAAAACAAUGAGACUUUACCAGAAGAUCAACUUAGUGUAUUUCGUGCCCUUAAAGGCCAUAAGGAUAUUUCCUAUGAUGGAUAUGAGGAUGAAUCUGUAAUGGUUUGUCCUUUUAGACUUAUGGGGAGUUGUGUGAAGGGUCAACACACACAGAGAGAACUGUUAUCUAACUACACCAUUCACUCGCAUUUAAUGUCAUUAGCGGGACUCGUACAUGAACUCCGCACGGAACAGCGGAUUGUUCAGAAAGAAUUUCAACAAUUACAUAUGAAGAUGGAAAUUCAACAAGGGAUCAUAGAGAAACUGGAGAAGUGUCUCUUGCAUGAUGGUGGUGGUGGUGGUGGUGGGAAUGGAAAUAAUAAUAAUAAUAAUAAUAAUAAUAAUAAUAAUAAUAAUAAUAAUAAUAAUAGAGUUCCUAGUCCUGCGAGUUCUAAUGCCGCUCAUUGUAUGAAAACAACAACAUCAACAAAUCUCACAUGUACACCCUUUGCGAAUAUGGGAGGAGAAAAUGUUGGGAAUACUGCGGUAUCGCGAUCUAUAUUAAAACCAAUAUCUGAGCGAACCGCAGGCCCAAUCUCAUCUGCACAUCACAACAGUUAUAAUAAUGAUCAACUGCCGGCGGAUAACUCCUUCUUUGUACAACGUAUGCGACGCCGAACUUCCAUUUCUAUAUCCCCCACUCCUAAUAAUAAUAAGAUUGAUAAUAAUAAUAAUAAUAAUAAUAAGAUUGAUAUUAGUAAUAAUAGUAUAGAAGUGGAGGGCCACACGAUACUUCGCAGUACGGCCAAACAUUUAUCAGAGGCGGUGAGUACACCAGUGGAGGUCUCACGUGUGGGAAUAGACAACUCCCACGUGAAUGCCAACACAACAGACAUCACCAUCCAGAGAGAGAAACACACCAAUUCUCAACAUAAAAAACAAGGAAAAUAUAAAGGAAAAGAAAAGGAAAAGGAAAAGGAAAAAGAAGAAAAGAACAGUAUACAUACGCAUCCUUAUACCUAUAGCCGUUAUCAGUCGGAGGUGAAUGGUGUGGAUGACUCCCGUGGUCAAACAGUGAGUCCAAUCUCAACAGCCAGUGAUUCCAAUCAAGAUGAAAUUUCAUCUAAUGAUGAAGUCAUGCGUGCCGUUGCUGCCCGUGUACAUGAAACUGGAGAAACAAUCUCAAUAGCAACAACAGCUCGAUCAACAAACAAUAAAACAACAGCCAUUCCAUCUUUAUUAUCACCAUUGCAACUGCCAGCAUUAAAUGUACGGCGGGCCGGAAGUUCAAGACGACUUCAACCAACAAAACCAAACGAUCAAUCGCAUGUAGGCGGCGGUGUUGUUGGGGAUGUUUCUCUCACGCAGCGUACACUGCGGCGGCCGUUUAAUAGUGUGGGAUCAAACAUGCGGGAGGCGAAGACGUUAACACAGCGGGGAACUCUCUUUAAACCACAACCACAACCACAACAACAGUCAUCAAAGAAGAAAGAAGAAGAGGCGGUAGAGUCUGUGCAAGAAGAGAGUGUACUUGUCAAACAGAAUAAUGAUACUAGUGGAGUGGGAGAAGGUUUGGGACGCCGAACAGGAACACACGGUAAACAUAAAUCCACGGGAAAAGUGUAA